UAAUAUGCCAAAUAUUUAAGUCUUAGGGGUAAAGUGAUAAAUUUGAAAUUUUUUUAUUGAUUCUUAAUAAGAAUUUAAUGACAUUAUUUUUAAUGGGGCCACAAAAAAUAAUGUCACAUCCAAGUCUCCGGCUCUAACACGGAGUACUUGAAAUUGCAAUUUCCCUCGCAGUAAUCGACAAAAUUCAACUUUUCUCGCGGCUUUUCAAUUUGGUACUUGCUCAUUGAAACUUACAAAUACUAGAAUCAAAUUCUGAUAAACAAUCCUUUGGUAAGUGCUCAAAUGGAGGUGCCCUUUAGUCCAAUUUUUCACAAAGUUGCCGGUGAAGUUGUCGGUAAACCUAAACGCACCUUCACUCGUCCUACUGAGAUUUGUCUUGAGGAAUGGUGGCUUUCGAAACUUGAUGAUGGUAAGGGUUUAGCUGUCAGCGGUCGUCCUCUUGAAACUAGAAAAUGUGAUACUCCACAACGGAAGUUUCACUCUGCUCCUGCUAAAAGGAGAGCGUCGAGAGAAUUUCACUCUUCCAAAAUUGUAAAGAGGCAUGGUUGUACUACACUUGAAACUUCUGAUGGUUUUAUUGUUUCUCUGUGUGGCUUUAUAAACAAGUCUCGCACACAACAAAAUGGCUUUUCCUCUGAGGUUUGCAGGGAUUUCAAUUUUGGAUUUCCUUAUAAUUGGGAGGAUUAUGCCGCAUCUGUGGAUAAAGAUUUAAGUCAAAUUAACCCUAAAAAUGUUACCGAGUGCGUCCUGCCUGCUGCUUUAGAAUCUUACAAUGGUGCACAGCUGCAUGACAUGGUGUUGUCUCUUUCUGAUGCUGAAAGAGGUAAAUUCAAUAAGAAAGUGUAUGACAACCUAAUUGGAUUGUUGGCUCCACAUUCAAUGGAUGUAAUAGAAGUUAAACCCUCAAAAUCUACUACUCAAGCUGGUGCAGAUGUAUUAAACUCUGAAUCUCAGAGGACAGAGGCUAGCAACAAGCGGGUAACCAGAUCGCAGACUUCCUCGAAGCAGGAGUCCCAUAUAAAGAGGAAAGAGGCUAGCAGCAAGCGGGUAACCAGAUCGCAGACUUCCUCGAAGCAGGAGUCCCAUAUAAAAAGAAGUCCAGAGUGAAGAAAAUGUGAAUGUUCUAAUAAUGUUGUCGCCUAAGCAGGGAGCAAUGAUGUAAACUCGAGGAAACCUUGCUAGCUUAGAACGCAUUACUGUAUAUGAAACUCUUACACUGGUAGAAGUAGAACCAAGAACCUAAAUACCCAAUGCUAGGCUGCUAGCACUUGCAAAACUUAUAUUGACUUAACAUCUUAAGUUCUAAAGCUAACCUUACUCAAAUAUGCUUGCUUAACGAAGGUUACAUGAAAAAAAAACAUGAAAGUUACAUUUGUCUGUUGCAUAUGUUUUUAGCAAGUCUUGUUGAUUUAAGGUGAAUAAAAAUGAAAAAAGUGGGGUUUAGGAAAUGUUUGGUUUGGCUAUUAAAAAAUAUCCAAUUCAGAAGUCCGGUGAUUUGAUCCAAAAUUCCGGUUAUCCUAUCUACUUUCUUAUUGCGUAUA